UCACACAUGGUUCGCGACGUAUCACAUUUAUAAAACUAAAAUGGGGAGAAGUAAAAAAGACCAAUUGAGGAAGAAAAAAGCUAAGCUGGUACAGAAAAAGAGAGCUCUCAAGAAAAACACUUCACAAGAAGAAAAAUCUACAAGACCAAAAAAAAAAGUUGUCAGUAAGAAUUUAGAGCCUGAUUUGACUGUUGCAGAGUCUAAAUCUAAGUACAACAUAGACCAGUUGCUUGAUAAGACAGAGGAUUAUAUAGAUACAUUCAACUAUGAGUUAGCACAAAAGUUUUGCCAGAGAGCUUUGGAACUGGAUCCAGAAAACACUAGGGCACUGGAAACAUCAGGAAUGUUACUUUUAGAGAUGGGGGAUGCCGAGAAUGCUAAAAAAAUAUCCUUACAAACUUUUACACACUGCUUUGGACGGGCAGUAGCGGUUCAACCCAAUGAAGGACAUUCCAAGUACAUGUAUCUAGGGCAGAUAUGUGAAGGUCAACAGGCUGUGGAAUGUUUCCAGAAAGGAAUUGAGUUAAUGCUGAAAGGAAAAGAAAAAGAGAAUCAGGGACAAAAAAUUGAAGGUGCCUGCGCUUGUCCAGAUGAGGACAUGUCAGCAACAGACCGUGAUAUCUCAAAAGCAUAUUGUUCAAUUGCUGAAAUCUAUCUCACAGACUCCUGCUUUGAGGCGGAUGCUGAAGACAGAUGUAAAAGCAGUUUAGACAAAGCAAUUGAAUAUAAUUCAAAUAAUGCUGAAGCACUUCAACUACUUUCAAGUUAUCAUUUGAGUAAAAAUAAUUUACAGGAAGCCAAAGAUGUUCUGAACAAAAGCUUAUCACUCUGGCUACCCCAGUGGCAGCAAUUUCAGUUGGAUGCUGAUGGGAUUGAUGCGCUAGAACCUUGUCCUUUAGAUUACCAGUGUAGAAUUACCACAGCUAAAUUACUUAUUGAGUUACAGAUGUUUGAAAAAUCAAUAGAUGUUUUGGAAAAUCUCUUAGAAGAGGAUGACGAGGUUGUGAUAGUGUGGUAUCUCAUAGGCUGGUCAAAUUAUCUCCUAACAACAGAUGAACACAAAAAAGCAGCAAGAUUUUAUUUACAAAGCGCACACACGCUUUUUUCUAAGGUGCAAUGUGAUGACGAUGAAAUGCUGAAACACAUAGAAGAACUUCUAAAAGAACUUGGACCAGGUGAAGAAGAGGAUGAAGAAGAAGAUGAUGAAGUUACCAUGGAUGCAGAUGAUUUUAGCAGCUGUAGUAGUGAAGAUGAUGAAAUGGAACAAUAGCGAGAAAAUCUGAAUAUUUAUUGAUAACCUGAUGUUCUAUUAAUUUCUCAAGUUGUUGAAUAUUGUGUAGAUAUUUAUCAAACGUGAUAAAAUAAACAUUAAGAUAAUG